UAAUGCUUCACACUGUUUUUGCCUUUUCUAGUUGAUCAUGUUCUCUUCUAGAUUCGAUAAAGCUUCUGGCGUGAGAGAGAGGGUGCAAGACACCCUCUCUAGUCACCGCAACGAGUUGAUCUCUCUUCUCUCCAGGUAUGUUGUUGUGGGCAAAGGAAUACUACAAUCACAUGACCUGAGGCACGAGGUAGAAAAGAUUCUUGAAGAGGAUGAAGGGAUGUGGAAACUCAAAGAUAGCCCCUUUGUCAAAGAGCUAGAAUCUGCAAAGGAAGCCAUAGUUAUACCUCCUUUUGUGUCAAUGGCUUUGCGUCCAAGACCUGGUGUUUGGGAGUAUGCUCGUGUUAAUGCAUUUGAACUCAAUGUGGAUAAUCUGAGUGUUACAGAAUAUCUACGAUUCAAAGAAGAACUUGUAGAUGGAGAGUGCAAUGGCAAAAACAUGCUUGAAGUAGAUUUUGAGCCAUUUAAUGCAACAUUCCCUGGACCAACUCGAUCAUCCUCUAUUGGUAAUGGGGUUCAAUUUCUCAACCGUCAUCUAUCAUCAUUCAUGUUUCGUAACAAAGAAAGUUUGGAACCUCUCCUUGCUUUUCUUCGCGCACACAAAUAUGAUGGCCAUGUAUAAUAAAAGUCUAUUAGGAGAUCAUAUGGGAAAGUUCCCAGCUCCUUUUUUGAUGAAUACCAUCCACUUUACAAUUAGUUUUCCUUAUGCAAAUUGUUAAAGGAAAUCAGGCAGCUGAAUUGAAAUCUCCAGUAGAUUUGAGACGUUCUUCUCAAUCUAGCCAUGUUCUUGAAGAUAAUGGAGGAUCACCAUGAGGAACUAUUUAGAAAUUUGCUUCAAUUUUAGUUUGUUAGGAGCUUUUAGAACCAUCUUUAUAUUUUUGUUGUUUUUAUGUACCUAAGUUUCUUAAACUUAAGGACCAUUUCUAUGUUUGAAAGAUACAAAAUUUGGAUUUAAUAUCUUUAUUUAAUGAAUGACAUUUUUAUUUGCAUCAU